AUGGUUCAGAAGUCCCGCAACGGCGGCGUGUACGGCGGCCCCCAGGCCGACCAGAAGAAGCUGAAGGUGGGCUUUGUUGGUCUGGAGGCCGGGGGGCCGGAGUCCAGCCGCGACGGAGCGCUCCUGAUAUCAGGAGAGGACAGUAAACGGGGAUCGAUCCUCAGUAAACAGCGCAGCAGCAUCUCCGGUGGGAAGAAACCUCCGAAGAGGAACGCCCUCUACCGGCGGCUGCAGAACUUCCUUUACAACGUGCUGGAGAGACCGCGGGGCUGGGCCUUUAUUUACCACGCUUAUGUUUUCCUGCUGGUAUUUUCCUGUCUUGUUCUGUCUGUUUUCUCCACCAUAAAGGAGUACGAGACGAGUUCUGAAGAUGCCCUUUAUAUACUGGAAGUUGUAACCAUCGUAGUGUUUGGGGUGGAAUAUAUGGUGAGGAUCUGGGCCGCAGGAUGCUGCUGUCGUUACAGAGGAUGGAGAGGACGGCUCAAAUUUGCCAGAAAACCCUUCUGUGUAAUCGACAUUAUGGUUCUGGUUGCAUCCAUAUCAGUUCUGGCGGCAGGCACACAGGGGAAUGUUUUUGCCACAUCAGCAAUCAGAAGUCUUCGUUUCCUUCAGAUUUUGCGGAUGAUCCGUAUGGACCGCCGAGGAGGGACCUGGAAACUACUGGGCUCAGUUGUCUAUGCUCACAGCAAGGAGCUGAUAACAGCCUGGUACAUUGGUUUUCUGUGUCUGAUCCUGGCCAGUUUCCUGGUUUAUCUGGCAGAAAAAGAGGACAAUAAAGAGUUUGAGACAUACGCUGACGCUCUGUGGUGGGGACUGAUCACGCUGACCACCAUUGGCUAUGGAGACAAGUUUCCGAUAACCUGGAAUGGAAGGCUGUUGGCGGCUACUUUCACUCUCAUUGGAGUCUCUUUCUUCGCUCUACCUGCUGGCAUUCUUGGGUCAGGAUUUGCAUUGAAGGUUCAGGAACAGCACAGACAGAAACACUUUGAGAAGAGACGUAAUCCUGCAGCAGGACUCAUCCAGGCAGCUUGGAGGUUCUACGCAACUAAUCUCACCAGAACUGACCUGACUUCCACCUGGGAACACUACGAGAGAACCAUGUCUGUUCCUAUGUACAGGUUAAUUCCACCACUUAACCAGUUGGAUUUGUUGAGGAACCUCAAAAACAAGUCAGGGCUUUCCUUCAGGAAGGAUGUCCAGCCUGAACCCUCUCCCAGUCAGAAAGUCAGUCUGAAGGAUCGGGUCUUCUCCUCUCCCAGAGGUUCUGCUACCAAAGGAAAAGGGGGGAUCCAGACACAGCCCCUACGGCGGUCUCCGAGUAUUGAACCCAAUCUGGAGGAUAGUCCCAAUAAAGUCCCUAAGAGCUGGAGCUUUGGAGAGCGGUCCAGAACCAGACAAGCCUUCAGGAUCAAAGGAGCUGCUUCCCGCCAAAACUCUGAGGAAGCCAGCCUGCCGGGAGAGGAGCUAGGUGAUGACAACAAGAGCUGCCACUGUGAGUUUGUCCCCCAGGACCUGACCCCUGGGUUAAAGGUCACCAUUAGAGCCAUCUGCAUCAUGCGGUUCAUGGUGUCUAAGAGGAAGUUCAAGGAGAGCCUUCGGCCGUAUGAUGUCAUGGAUGUGAUAGAGCAGUAUUCAGCCGGUCACCUGGACAUGUUGGCCCGCAUCAAGAACCUCCAGUCCAGGUAA